AUGGCUGAACUCCACGCUCGGCUGGGAGAGGCCUCGAAGGAGGAGCUCGUCCAGGUGCUCGCCGCCAUCUGCGGCCAUGCGCUCACCCGCUCCUUCGUCGAGACCGUGCUCGACUACCUCGACAAGAAGAAGAUCCAGGAGGCUGAGGCCGCCGCCAACCGCCGCAGCCGCCGUUCGUGCACCCGCGCGUCGUCCGAGGUGUCUCAGGUUGGCCCGGGCCAGGCCACCAACAAGACGAUCAAGCGCGCGAUCAAGCUGUGCGAGGUCUGCCACGAGGCGUUUGAGGAGAAGAAGAACCCGAGCAAGUCGUGCUCCUUCCAUCCGGGCUCCUGGCUGAUCGAGUGCGAGAGGGACGGCUUCAUCUGGUUCGAACCCGUCGAGAACGCGGCUGAAGAGUUCAAGGCCGACCCCAAGGCUAUGCGGAUUCUCAGUUGCUGCAACGCCGAGGACGGCAUGAGCAAGGGAUGUGCCGCUACCAAACAUGUCCCCAUGGUCGUCGUGGACGGUCCGCACUACGCCGUCAAGGUCGAGGUCGAGACCGGCUCGGACAACUAA